GCGGAGAAAAUUCAUUUGGGGCUGCUCAAGGGAGCUAUGCCAGAAAGCUUGCUUUUGUAAUCCCAUGGAAGCUGAUACGAUCAAACGCUGCCACAAUCUCUUUGACUCCACGCUUUUCUUCUUUUUUGGAUUCUACUGCUGGGGGUGGGAAUUCUUGACUACUUUCUUGCUCUUUAAAUUUUGCCUUGUGAGAAUCCGAUCUUGUUGACGGGACCGGAUUUGGUGGUUGAUACUUGAUCGAUCGCCGGAGAGAAAUGGGGCUGAGGUCUGCUCCGGCACCGUUUGUGACGAAGACGUACCAGCUGGUGGAUGAUCUUAGCACGAAUGAUGUGAUAUCGUGGAGUGAAAACGGCACUUCCUUCAUUGUCUGGAAAUCCGCCGAUUUUGUUAAAGAUCUGUUGCCUAAUUAUUUCAAGCACAACAAUUUCUCCAGCUUCGUUCGGCAGCUCAACACUUAUGGGUUUCGGAAGGUUGUACCGCAUCGAUGGGAAUUCAUGAACGAGAAUUUCCGAAGAGGGAAGAAGGAGCUCCUCUCCAAGAUACGUCGUCGGAAAACGGCAAAGUUAUCUUCCUACAAUACGGACGGCAAGAGUACGGGUGCCGGAGCUCUCUCAUCUUCAAACUCCGGCGAGGACGGAGGAUCCACGUCCAACUUAUUGCCGGACUGGAAGAACCCAGGAUCGGUGGAGACAGCAUCCAUGAAUCAGUUCUCCGAUUUAUCAGACGAGAACGAGAAGCUCAAGAAGGACAACGAGAUCCUGAUCUCGGAACUAGCUAAGAUGAAAAGGCAGUGUGAGGUGCUGAUAGUGUUCUUGACUGAGUACGUAAAGGUUAGGCCUGAUCAGAUCAGUAACAUCAUGCGUGAAGGCAGCGGCAGGCCCAACCGUGAUGGCGGUUGUGAUCAUGAAGACGAUGGUAAUCAAAAAGACGACCAAGAAGGUAGAAGUCUGAAACUGUUUGGGGUUUGGCUGAAAGCGAGGGAGAAAAAAAGAUGGCGUCAGGAAAAUAUAGGAUUCGCCGGCGGUCCUCAGGCCAAGGAGAUGAAGACUGAGGAUUUUCAUCAUGCUCCGUUGGUGAAGAAUGGCAAGGUCUGCAACUAACCUGCAGCCAGUGCUUCAAACGGAAGUUAAUUUCGGAAAGUGGAACGUAAUGUAAGCUAGUCACCUGAGCCGACUCUCGAAUAUGUCUUUUUUUUUCUUUCUCCUGUGUUGCUAUGAAAUUAUGGUAAUGCAAAAAAAUAUUUUAUAAUUU